AUGUUAUUAUCUGGAUAUCAACUCGAAAUUUUGGUAAAUGGAUUACCACUUGAAGAAUGUUUAGAACCUAUUAGUAAAAACACCACUACAGGUCCAUCUUACGUUAUAAAUGAAUCGACUUGCCAAAAAAUCGAAAAUAAUAACACAGUUUAUGCAGCCGUGAAAGAGCCUGGAGCUCAUUUUACUGUUCGUUAUAAAGUUCCAUUGGAGGAAUUAUCCAAAGGUCCUAUCAUGGGAUUCGUUUAUGUUGAUGGUCAACAUGACAAUACAUACAGUGCUCAUAUUGAUCUUUUAAGCACUCACUAUUUUCGAGAUACAAAAUAUCAUUCGAGAGAGGCAAUUCCUUUGGACCUCGAUUUUAAAACAAAGGAAAUUCCGGAAAGUAAAGCCAAUAUAGGAUUAAAAUUAUCUACAUCAUUUAACGAAAAUCCAUUACCUAAACAUACCAAAUUAGAGUCUAAAUUGAUACAAACAUCAUCUCAACCAAUUGCAGCAUUACAUUUACAUUAUAGAGCAGAUUCAUGGUUAAGGGCUCGGAAGCUUCUCAAUAUACAAAAUAUACAAAAUACUCAAAAUUCUCCUUGUAGAAGUACAAAUGUCUUGUCUGAAAUUUUUGGUCCGUCAAAUAAUUAUUUCAGAGCUAUGAAAACUGAUGAUUUCGUGAAAAAAGAAAAUUUGGAACAAAAUCUUGGUGACAUUAAAGAAAGAAAUUCGGGAUUAAAAAGAAAGAGUAUUUCUAAUUCCAACGACGAAAAUUCUACUGAAGCCAGGAAACAAAGAAAAUCUGAUCCUGAAGAAGUUGUUGUAUUAUCAGAUUAA